CCCUUUAUAAAAGGGAAGAAGCAAUGAGAGCAAGCGCAAGUAAGCAUAGCGGGCCAUGGAUAAUCGGGCUUACGAUGUAUGUUGGGCUUUGCUCUUCGAAGAAAUCCUAAUACAAAUAUUCUCCAAACUAGACUUUGAAUCGCUGAUAUCGGUUGCUAGUGUGUGCCAUUCGUGGCGUAGUGUGGCCCAUUAUCCAGAGUGCUGGGAUUGUAUCCAAUUGUAUCAUCAGGAAAGAUUCGUAGAUAACUGCAUCAAAGAAACGGAAGAAACCGAAAAACCCGAGUAUCAAGAUAGGCUGUUCAAGGAGUCUGAAUACAUGAUAAGGCAUGUUGGAGGCGGAGUCAAGUCCAUUUGUGUCCACCCGAUUGCUGACGACACUAUGGUCCAGAUGAUCGCUGACAGAUGCCCAUCAAUUGAGUCAAUCUCCCUUCGAGAUUGUGGUCGAAUCUCACCAGCCGCUCUUCUCAAUCUGAUCCGCACUUGCAAGCACCUGAAGUUCAUCGACGUUAAGUUCUGCUCUGCUGCAUCCGCAUCAGUGAUACAAGAAAUGGGUCAAUCUUGUCCAAGCCUAGUAGGCCUCAAUUUGGGCCAUCUAAGAGUAACGGAAGAAAUGUCAACAGGAAUCAGAAAAUUCAUGCCGAAACUCAAGUGGCUCAACCUCAACAGUGCCACUAUAUAUCGUGAUGUUCUUUUUAGCAUCCUAGACUCUAGUACUGAGCUAGAAUACGUUAGCAUCCGAUGCUGCCAUCCUCGACUGAUCAUGGAUGAUGAGCUCAUAAACAAGGCCAGAAGAAUUGAAGAGUUCAAGUACACCCGUGAAAUAUAUGUCGGACUUCGAUUCCCAUCCAUAAGGAUCCCUGCAUGCAUACGAAGAUCCCAUCAACCUGAUCCUCGUAGAAGACUUCCACAGUCAUGAGCUUUGGUAUCUUUAGGUAUGUAUUGCAUGUUAUUCAGAGUUCAAGUACUUACAAUAGCUACUGCCAAGAUUGUGUCUCUAUCAAAUACUGAGAGGGUGUGUUUGAUGCGACUUACAAAUGAGUUCUUCUAAUUUUACUUAAUCGUAAUUAUGUAGUAGAGAUCAUUUUAUUUUUUAUGGGGAUUAAAAUAUGACCAAAAAUUUAUAUAAACUACCAUCUCUAGUAUGUAAUUGAUAUUAAUCAAGAGGAAUAAUUUUUACAACAAAUGUAAACACAAUUCCAUUAUAUAAUGGGGCCCACCAUUAUGUAUAAAUGACA